UGACCUCCCUGUUUUCACCCAGUUAAACGCAUGUACUUAAAAGACGGGCCAGUACCAUUCACCAACACAAGCACGAAUUACACAGCAUUCAUGUCAACAAGGUAAGAUCGCUGGUGCUGUGGACUCGGAUCACUGGACGUGGACCAUGGCGGCUGCCACGAGCAGCAACACAUCCACAGCCACGCUACAGAUCAAGCACUCCAGUGUCGAGCAUACGCGGAAACGCAUAGACCCAAGGAGGAGACAAGCGGCGCUGUCUUUUCUCAGCAACAUUUCCCUAGAUGGACGACCCGUGCAGGACGAUGCAGACAAUCGAGACGAAGAGAAUAACCCGCUCGAAGCUAGGACUAGACAGAGCCUGGUUUCUCCGGAGCGCUCGGCGUACGGGGCUGCUGGCACCGCCGGAGCCGCCGCCGCCGCUGCUACGGCCGAGGCGCUCGCCGUAGCAAACCAGGCUCUCCUCGCCAGCAGUCGGGCCAGUUUUGGGACGGGUCUCACAGCUGCCCCGGUGGGCACGGACGCAGAUGGCGACGCUUUCCUGUCCUCCACGUUCAGCUCGCCUUUCUCCGCUGUCCCAGCCUCGACUAGAGGGAGGCUGCAGACGUACACUCAGGGAAUCCUACCUGCCCCCUACUCAAGGCAGUCCUCCCAGAACUACAGCCUGGAGGGCGGACAGAUAGCCAACUCCGCGAUAGAGCUGCAGAGAUCGAGACGAAGACUCAUCUCUCAGCGCUCUUCACUUGAAACGCUAGAGGACAUUGAGGAGAAUGCUCCUCUACGCAGAUGCCGAACCCUAUCGGGUUCACCUCGACCAAAGAGCUUCAAGAAGAUCCACUUCAUAAAGAACAUGAGGCAACAUGAUAUGCGCAAUGGAAGGAUAGUCCUUAUCAGUGGCAGAAGAUCCUUCUAUAGUGUAUUUUCUGUCCUGCCCUAUCGAGAUUGUAGCCAAGCAGGGGAUGUAAAGCUGGAAGGAGGGCGUCAGCGGCACCCGUCGGGAGGCGUCAGUGCCAAGGAGAUGGUGAUCGGGCUGGAGGGAGUGGAAUUAGGAGCUGAUGGAAAGACUGUGUCCUACACUCAGUUCUUGUAUCCCACUAAUGUGCUGGGCGGUCGAAGAAACACCAUAGACUCCACCUCGUCCUUCUCUCAGUCUCGUAAUGCCAGCCAUAGGAGCCUCAGUUUGGGCCGAGCCAACAGCAACCAGAGCAGCUUAGACACCGGGAAUGACUUCGGGGACUUUCGAGAGUACGACCCCAAUCUGCUGGAUGACCCGCAGUGGCCUUGUGGAAAACACAAGAGAGUCCUCAUCUUCCCCUCCUACAUGACUACGGUCAUUGAAUACGUCAAACCCUCUGACCUCAAGAAGGACAUGAAUGAGACCUUCAAGGAGAAAUUCCCCCACAUAAGGCUCACGCUCAGCAAGAUUAGGAGCUUGAAAAGGGAGAUAAGAAAGUUGGCCCAGGAUGAAUGUGGCUAUGAGGAACCGACAGUGGCCAUGGCUUUCGUCUACUUUGAAAAACUCGUUCUUCAAGGAAAGCUAAACAAGCAGAAUCGUAAACUCUGCGCAGGAGCUUGUGUCCUUCUGGCAGCAAAGAUUGGCGGCGAUCUCAAGAAACAUGAGGUCAAGCUCCUGAUUGACAAACUGGAAGAGAGGUUCAGAGUGAACCGCAGGGAGCUGAUAGCCUUCGAAUUCCCCGUCCUGGUGGCGUUGGAGUUUAACCUGCACCUGCCAGAGCACGAGAUCAUGCCCCACUACAGACGCCUUCUGCAGACUUCCUAGCAUUAGUGACCCAUCAGGUGGACGACCACCAGGUCCUCCUCCUGAUCCUCUGUUUCCCACAGUAUCUAACCAUGACGACCCGCUCUUUCCUCCUCAGAGAGCUGAAAUCAGCCAAAGGGACGCACAUUUCUAAAACUUUUCUCCAUCGUUCAUUCAUCACUACACAGACUUCUGAAAGUAAGGGUUCAGCCUUCUGCAAACAAGUUGUUUUCCAAGUUUGCAUGUUUUCACACGUCUCCAUUUUCACUUUGUAUAUUUAAGACCUCUCUUGUUGAUUAAGAGAGCUUUGAAUCUGAUGGUGAACUUUUUUUUUCUCAGUUAAAGCAACCAAUGAUUGUAACAUUUUUUAUCAUCUCUUUUCAUUUAUCUUACUUCUUGGAAACUUUGGUAUGAUUGAUUGCCUCCUGACCUGCAAAAAAAUUUAAACAAAAGCCUCUUAAGUGGCUGGUUUUGGCUGGACUUCUAAUCCUCAGUGUGACUCAUCCUACCACAAGUCGUCGUCUUAAAAGUGCACUUUUUGAAUAUUGCGAGACACGGGGGGAAGAGGGACAUUUUUUCAGACCUUUAACGAGCUUGGGGACUAACCCUGAAAAAUAAGCUGUGUUCAUAAGCACCACACUCAAGUCAUUUGAAUGGUCAUUUUAAAUUGUUUUGCUCUUUCGGUUUCAUUCCCAGUUUUCUAGACACAACUAUGUGCAUGAAUAGUAAUGAUUGUUUGCACUUGCAGGUACUUGCAGACAAGGUGGGACUUCCUGUUUUCACUGAAGUAUUCCAUUCAUUUUCUAUCAGUCAAAUGCUUGCUAUGGACUUGUGGAGACCAGAUCCACUUUUAUCAGUGUCGAAUUUUUUUGUGCUCUAUAUUAGAGUGUAUUGCUAGCACACUUAAAGUGCUAUAAUGGAGUCAGGAAGGUAGUUUUUAAAGUUCAUGAGUGCAAAAAUGCCAUUGAGCAGUGAUCAGGAUUAGCUUCGGAGUGGCAGCAGGGUGCUGUAGUGUUGAGAGAAAAAUAUCUGUCCCCCGGAGGACGCUAGCUACGACCAUGUGCCAGUUAGGUGACUUGAGUCCCUAUGGGCUUCAGGGACACUUCUGUACAGCUGAUCUGACCUGUGACUUCUUUGAGUGGAAGGCAAACUUAAACAGGAUCCCAGCAAGGGAUCAAUCACGGAUCGUAGAAUUUGAAUCAGCAUUUAUUGAUUUUUUUAUUUUUUUUUUUUAAUCUAAGGUGUUUAAAAAUGAACAAUUUUACCAAUGUGACCAACUUUUAAAAUAUGUUAUUCCAUUUAUUUGGCAUAUAUAUCAACUUUUUUUUUGUUUUUCCUUGUAAGUAUCUCACACAAUACCACGGAGUAUUCAAAGGGCCACCAAAUCAGAAACAUACAGUAUGGCCUACUAGAAGAAGAAUAAAAAAAAAUAAUGCUGCUCCAAGGAUUGAUGGUAUUUGAGUUGAAAUGAUCACAACAUUAAACGCGUAACGAGAAAGGCAUGAAUCAUGCUUAUUUAAGGUGGGGGAGAAAAUACCGAGUUGAUUUCUGUUUGCAAGCCCAAAGAUUUUGCAAUGAGAUGCACACUUGAUACCCUGUGAGGAAAGACUCAUGGGAAACACUUAUUAUCUGUGUAUGUUUGUAAAUAAAUUGCUUUGCUUGUCCAAUCAAA